AUGGAGAAUAUUCAGGAAGAUGAUAUUCUUACGUUUCAUUUUAUUUCCGUAAUUAAAAAGCAUCCAGUACUGUAUGUUAAAAGCAGUAAAGCAUACAGGAAUGUUUUUAUCAAAGACAACGUUUGGUUGAAUGUGGCGAACGAAGUGAAAUUACCUACCGACGAAGUGAAAAGUAAGUGGAGACACUUACGGGAUCGGUUUAUGAAGGAACUUCGUAGAGUUGAGGAAACAACUGCAUCCGGUGCUGGCACUGCUACAGUGUACGAACCGACGUGGAGGUUCCAUGAAGAAUUGUCGUUUCUGGCUGAGCACUGUAAGCGUCGAAGCACCACAAGCAACUACAAACCAUCUGUAACACAACAACAAGAUGCUUUGACAAGCCCUCAAGGGGAUGGGCAGGAUUCAUUUAUCGUUGAGGAGCAAGAAUAUGAGGACUUAGAGAUAUUGGAAGAUGUUGAGAAUGAAAAUUCCACACCAAUGUCGUCAACAUCGGUGUCCGAACCGAAUAAAAGAAAGCGGAAGGAAUUGGCACUGGACAACAAGAUGCACAAGAUCAUGGAUAUAGUUGGUGAUGUUGCGUCGUCGAUCCAAAGUGAACAAACAAACCGGCACAAGGACUUCUGUUGCUAUCUAGGACGUCGUAUGUCCAUGCUUCCAAUGAAAGUUGCGAGGGAUCUCGAAGUCGAGUUUACUGCUCGCGUGAAUGGGCUAAUUGAUAUUUACUGUGACGAAUAA